AAUCUCUUCUGACGCAUGAUGUGAGGCAAGUUUGCGACAAAGUGUAAGAUAAAUGCUCUAAGCGACCUCGAAGGGACUGUACUCUGAGACCAAAGUGUGUUAAUGCCAAACAGAGCAGAAUGAUGUCUAAAAGGUCACAGGAGUAGCCUAGCCACUAAGACUGAGAAGAACUGCAGAAAACUAUAAACAAAGGAAUUCUAAAAUGGGCCGUUAUUCUAGUAGUGACGAAGAAUAUAACCGUAAGCUUAAGAAAAAGAAAAAAAGAAGAUCAAGGUCAGCAAGCAGCAGUGAUACCAGAUAUAGUAGCAGCAAACACAAGAAGUCAAAACGAAAGCAUAAACAUAGAUCUAGGUCAAGAAGCAGGUCAGAGGAUAGAUACAGCAAGCGAGAUCGAUCUGCAGAGAGAGGACGCAGGUCCCGGUCAAGAGGUCGUAGGUCGAGGUCUACAGAAAGACGAAGGUCUCGUUCUUUGAACAGAAGUAAAAGAUCACGUUCAUACAGCAGAGGUCGAAGAUCUAGGUCAGAUAGUCGAGGUCGCUACUCAAGUCGAAAGCAUUCAUCAUCACAGGACAGAACAUGGAGAUCAUCUUCUGAAUCAAGAUCCAAAAGCAGAUCACGGAGGUCAUCUCCUGAGAGGAGACGAGGACUUGGAUCAGGAAUAUUUCCAACAGAUGCCACAAGUCGUUCAGAGUCCAAUACUCUGGACAGUAUACCAGGCUUCAGUGACAUGACUCCUGCUGAGCAGGCCCAAGCCAGAAUGAAAAUGGCCCUCAAGGCAGCAGCAAUGGCAGAUGGCAAAUUAAAGGAACAGGCUGGGUUCACUCAGUCAAUGGACCCUAUUGACAGUAGAAACUUUACUGAUGCAGUGGCUCUUAUUGAGUCUGAUGGCUUUGUCCCAACAGCUUUCAAGUCAAGUCGGGCAUCAAGAUCUUACAAGGAUGGAAAAGAUGUUACCACUGAUCUAACUUCACAUGACCAGGCCAUGUUUGGAGCCGUAGGAAGUUCUGUCAUUUUCAGCAGGACUGAACCCUUAGACAAAAUAGCACUAGAUGACAACCCAGAAUCCAUUGUGGAUGCCAGUCUUGCCUGUGAUCCAGAAGAAAAAAUGAAGCGUUGGAUCCAGAAGCUGACAACAUGAGAAAAAAAAGAUGGAAGGAGAUAUUUUACCAUACUGAUCAUCUUUGUUGCUAUAUUAAAGUAUCAACGACUUUAAUAGUGUUAUAAGUACGUGUUCAUCAUCAUUGUCAGUUUUGCAAGUCGUUUUUAUUGUUGAGAGCUUAUCAUUAAUUCAUUCUUUUAGUUUUUCUCUUUUCCAGUUUGAAGAAUGGCCAAUGAAAAAUUGGUUUCUGUAAAUAUAACAUAUGGAAUUUUUUUU